GAGAAGAGGAGGGGCUCUAGUUUUCCUUCUUUGCCUGUGCACGUGGCACGCAUGCACAGGAGAAGGGGUUUGCUUCGGGACUGGGGAAGAGAACGGGAAGCGCUGCAGAGAAGCUGAAGUGGAGAAAAGCAGCGCACCUGGAGCCUGGAAAAGUUUACUCAAAAAGAGAAGCCUCAGAUCAUAACCGAGUGAAUAAAGGGAAGUUCUCACAGAUAAAGUAACCUAGGAGAAGGAGGAGAUGGAAGAGCAACACCCAGAGGGACCUGGAAUGGGCAAGACGGCAAGGAAAAGCCCCCAUCCCAUCCAACCUGUAACUGUUGUUGAAUUCUGGAAAAGGACUGGGCCUGAGAUCUUGGCUAAGGACACCAUAACUUCAGAGGUCCACUGCCAACUCUUCCGGCAGUUCCGCUGCCAUGAGGCCGAUGGGCCCCAAGAGGUUUGCAGCCAGCUCCAUGGACUUUGCAACCAGUGGCUGAAGCCAAAGCGCCACACCAAGAAGCAGAUCCUGGACCUGGUGAUCCUGGAGCAGUUCCUGACUCUCCUGCCCCAGGAAAUGCAGGGCUGGGUCAGAGGAUGUGGGCCGGAGAUCAGUUCCCAGGCGGUGACCCUGGCCAAAGGUUUCCUCCUGAGUCAGGCAGUGGAGAAGAUGCAGGCAGAACAGAUGUGGGGACCACCUUUGGAGACGGAAGCUGCAAUCCCUGAGGCAGAAGGAGCUUCCUUGGAGCAGGGGCAGAGGGUGCAGGCGGCGGAGCGUGCCCAAGAUACCCUCUCCUGUGGAACAAACAGUGAAGAGAUGCGUUUGAGCCGUUGUCUUUUCCAAGGUGUAGGAACAGCUGCUGCACCUCCAAUCCAGGGUCCCUUUUCCUUUGAUGAGGUGUCUGUCUCUUUCACGGAGGCAGAGUGGGCCCUGCUGGAUCCAGGACAAAGAGCUCUGUACUGGGAAGUCAUGCUGGAGAACUAUGGGAAUGUGGCCUUUUUGGCAGAAAAUGAUCAGAGGAAUGAGGAGGGGGAGGAACUUCAUCAGCAAAUGCCAGAUAGAGUAAAAAAUGAAGACUUGGAUGAAAACAUCAGGAGUAAAGGCAGAUCUAAAAGAAAGACAGGCGGUGCUAUGGUUGAGAAGCAUGAUGGAAGAAAGUGGAAUGUACAUUUUUCAAACCAAAGGAUAUUGAAGGCAAGGAAAUCCAUUCAAUGUGGAAAGUAUUUCAGAAAUCGAUCACAGCUCCUUGUAAACCAAAGAAUACACAGGGAGGAGACACCUGAAUAUUCAGAGAUGAGAAAUGAAUUCAGUCAGAGUAGCUUUCUUCUGCUUCAUCAAAAAACUCUCAAGGGAGAGAAACCUUUUAACUGCUCAGAGUGUGGAAAGAGAUUCCGUUUCAAUGCUUAUCUUAAAAAGCAUCAGAGAAUACACACAGGAGAAAAACGCUUUGAAUGCUCAGAGUGUGGAAAGAGAUUCAGUCAGAAUGGCCAUCUUCAAUUUCAUCAGAGAACCCACACAGGGGAGAAACCUUUUGAAUGCUCAGAAUGUGGAAAGAGAUUCAGUCGGAGUGACAGUCUUCAAGAGCAUCAGAGAACCCACACAGGGGAGAAGCCGUUUGAAUGCUCAGAGUGUGGAAAGGGAUUCAGACACAGAGGACAUCUUCACAAGCAUGAAAGAACACACACUGGCGAGAAACCUUUUGCAUGCUCAAAGUGUGGAAAGAGAUUCAGUCAGAAGGAUCAUCUUCGAUAUCAUCAGAGGACCCACACAGGGGAGAAACCUUUUGAAUGCUCAGAAUGUGGAAAGAGAUUCAGUCGGAGUGACAGUGUUCAAGAGCAUCAGAGAACGCACACAGGGGAGAAGCCGUUUGAGUGCUCAGAGUGUGGAAAGGGAUUCAGACACAGAAGACAUCUUCACCAGCAUGAAAAAACGCACACAGGCGAGAAACCUUUUGAAUGCUCAGAGUGUGAAAAGAGAUUCAGUUGGAGGGCUCAUCUUCAAUAUCAUCAGAGAACCCACUACAGUCUUCAAGAGCAUCAGAGAACCCACACAGGGGAGAAGCCGUUUGAAUGCUCAGAGUGUGGAAAGAGAUUCAGUACUAGUGGCUAUCUUCAAUGUCAUCAGAGAACCCACACAGGGGAGAAACCUUUUGAAUGCUCAGAGUGUGGAAAGGGAUUCAGACACAGAGGACAUCUUCACCAGCAUGAAAGAACGCACACAGGGGAGAAACCUUUUGAAUGCUCCGAGUGUGGAAAGAGAUUCAGUCGGAAGGCUCAUCUUCAAUAUCAUCAGAGAACCCACACAGGGGAGAAACCUUUUGAAUGCUCAGAGUGUGGAAAGAGAUUCAGUUUCAAUGGCGAUCUUAAAAAGCAUCAGAGAACACACACUGGAGAAAAACCCUUUGAAUGCUCAGAAUGUGGAAAGAGAUUCAAAUUCGAGCAUGAUUGCAGCCGUGUCCUAUUAUCCCGCACAUUCAACAGUGACUUGCGUGGUCUUUAUUCCAAGGAGCUGCAGGGAUUCAGCUUCAGCCUCCGUUCCCUGGAUCCUCCGGGCAUGCAGCCCCGCGCAGUUACUCCCGAGCAGCCCCAUGGAGCAGCACUGCAGAUGCAGCCUGGAUUCUGGAGAGGACAGGAAGGCACAGGUUGCGCUCCUCUGCAGCGCCGAAAGGGUUAA